GCGAGUCGAGGCGGCCUCGAAGCGUGCUGCGUGUUCCGGGUCGUUUCGCUGCACCGGCGGAUCGACGUUUUCUCGUCAUCGGGAGUUGCUUUUGUUCGCGUGCAUCGGGAGUCGAUAUCUUGGCCAGUGGCGUGUACGAAAACGGAAACGGAGGAAGCGUAGCUCCCCCGGGCUCCUUUGUCGAGAAAGCACAGUGGGGUGGAGCGGCGCCGUUCCGACGUUGCUGACGGAGCCGAUAACGCCGGACCACGAUUACCUAGUGCCCUAGUCUACUCGAUAGAUCGCGCGGACGUCAUCGGAAUUGGGUAAAAUGUGACACGGCCAAACCAAACGUGUGUCUGAUAAUUCGAAGACUAUUAUGAGAUCGAUCAGGACAUUGAGAAUAGUUUAACGAGAAAGGACCGUGUUACUUGACCGAGUAAAACUGUUCCACGCGUGUAACAUCGUAUCCAGUGGCGCGAGAGAAUAUCGUUUACUAUUAGAGACCUCGAAGAAGUGCGGUUAUUAUCGUCGAGAAGGGAAUAAUUAUCGUUAAGAAUACAUAGAAAAGAGGUUGUAUCGGGUGAAGGAUUUCGAGGGUUCCCCGAAAAACGGGGCUCCCUCGCGAGAGCCCCAGCUGGCCUGUGCAUGAUUCCGGCACUGGACGGCGGUGGUGACGAAGGGGCUGAUGUCAGUGCGGCCACUCGGCGCCCGCUCCGUGGCUCGGAUGCGCGAACGCGACACCCGCAUCGUCGUUGUACCGCGAGUGAAGCUCCCGGCGGAGGCGGAGGCGGCAGUAACAGCGGCCGAUGACGGUGAUGGUCAGCCGCGAAACAGUGGUGUCUGCUGACUGGUGUACGAUCAAACGCAAUCUCGGUGUCGCGUACGGUGCCGUGCCGGUCGGUCGGUCGGUCUUGGGGGCGCAGCUUCGAGAAUAAUGCGCGUUAGGCACGUUACGCGACGACGAGGACGACGGUACGACGCGAGGGACCCGAGCAGCCAGCCGCGAGUGCAGCUGCAGCAACGCAAUUAUGUACGCGUACGGUUUCGAGAUCACGUAGUGGCUGCCGUGUAAUUAUGUUGUCAUCGACGCGCGGCGCGCCCUGUGUAGCUUCACGGUGAAAAUCUGGCGUGAGCGGUGCCGCGGUGGAACGGGGAACAUGGCGUCGGUCUCGGCUGAGACUCCAGCCAGCCAUGGGCACAGCUUCAGCAAGAAGAUGUUUCACAAGCCGACGUUCUGCCAUAGCUGCACCGACAUGCUGUGGGGCCUCAUACAGCAGGGGUACAUCUGCGAAGUUUGCAACUUCGUGGUGCACGACCGCUGUCUCAAGGCCGUCGUCUCUCCCUGCUCCAACAUCGCGGCAAGCCUCAUUAAGAAUCCGGUUGCACACUGUUGGUCCGAACAAGUACAUCGUAAAAGAAAAUUCUGCAACGUCUGUCGUAAACGGCUCGAUGAUAAUCUAUCCAUACACUGUGAAAUAUGUGAGUACUUCGUGCACACGGAGUGCCAGGACUUUGCCGUGGCAAAUUGCAAGGAGAACGCCACGUAUCUACCUGGCAAGGACUUGGCACAGGUAAAACACACUCAUCACUGGCGAGAAGGCAAUCUUCCCAGCAGUUCGAAAUGCGCUGUCUGCAAGAAAAAUUGUUUUUCUGCCGAGUGCCUUUCCGGGUUUCGUUGCGAGUGGUGCGGCACGACGUUGCACUCUUACUGUUAUAAAAAUAUCCCGCAAGAAUGCACCUUUGGGAAUUUGGAACCAAUUUACUUACCACCGCAUGCAGUCAGCAUUCCACGUACGGAAGUUCCCAUGGAAGCCAUCAUCGGUGUACAAGUACGUCGAAAAGAAGUCCUGGCGCGUGAGUAUUCCUGCCCACGAAGCAUAUCGGAAGAGUUCAGCAGCGGGGACGCGAGGAACCGCGACAAUGGUGAACCAGGACCGGGUAGCACGCACGGUCGUGAUCCGCGUUCUCCAAAGGAGAAAGAAGAUAAAGAAAGAGGUGACGAAGAGAUGAUUAAGGUAUACGACGGCAACAAUUCCCUCAGACGACGGAUAUUUCGCGUGAUCACGGUGCCCAGGCAAGCCACCACCGAACAGGUCCUGACGUCAGCGCUUCGUGCAUUUCACAUUACGAAAGAUCCUAGCAACUUUUACCUCACCGACCUGUAUGCCACGGAUGAGACUGAGUUAUGCGAUCCAAAUCCGGUUCUAAACUUGAAUCGCAAAGAAGGCAAACGUCCGGCUGUCUUCUUACGUUUCAAGGAUAGUGAAAGCGGAGAAGUACAUGUCUAUCCAGGCAAACUACAGGUGUCAGAGUCAUUCUGCACAGUACCUGUCACAGAAGCAACAACGGUUGCGGACAUAAUCGAAGAAGCGCUUCAAAAGUUCGGUUUGCAAAAUUUUAAAUCGGAAGACUACAGAUGCAGCGAAGUCCUUCUGGAUCGCGAUGUUACUGAAAGAGUUUUGUCUCGUGACGAGAAACCAUGGGACAUCGUGAAGCAGCUGGGCAAAGAUUCCAUCAGACAAAUGGAAUUGAUGCGAUUCUACCUGCAGCUGAAGCAAGAUCCCCAUGGCCCUAAUUUAGCUUUGUUCGUGGGCAACCUGCCACCAAAUCUCUCCGAAAGGAGCUACGAAAAUAUGUUGACCGAAUUCUUAGGCAAAGAAAACAAAUUUUCCUCCAUUGGUCCGAUAUAUUACGAAUACGGCUCGAUGGUAAUCACCUACGAGGAUUCAAAUAAGGCAGUAACGGCGUUGUAUACGUUGAGAGAAUCAAAAUACGAAGAUAAACAUCUUUUAGUUAUGCUGUUACCAAAUAUCGAGCCAAGUAUGGUGCCCUCAGGUGUACAACCUUUACUCGUCUUCGUGAACGUAAAAUCUGGCGGUUGUCAGGGUCUUCAAUUGAUCUCCAGCUUCCGGAAACUUCUGAAUCCGUAUCAGGUGUUCGAUCUUGACAAUGGAGGUCCACUUCCUGGUCUUUACGUGUUCCGUCAUAUAAAGGAUUACAAAAUCUUGGUUUGCGGUGGUGAUGGGACAAUAGGAUGGGUACUGCAGUGUUUGGAUAACGUAGGGCAAGACAGUGAAUGUUCUUCACCUGCUUGUGCCAUCGUUCCUCUAGGAACAGGAAAUGAUUUAGCUCGCGUUCUAUGCUGGGGUCCCGGUUACACCGGUGGCGAAGAUCCCUUGAAUUUACUUCGGGACGUGAUCGAUGCAGAGGAAUCUCUGUUGGAUAGAUGGACUGUGGUAUUUCAUCCGGAAGACAAAGAAGAUAAGCAAUUGGCCACUAAUACAGGAGGAGCAGGCGCCACAAACGAAGACAAUACGCAAAUAUUUGUGAUGAACAACUACUUUGGGAUUGGUCUUGAUGCCGAUCUGUGUUUGGACUUCCACAAUGCCAGGGAAGAGAAUCCGAACAAAUUUAAGAGCAGAUUGCACAACAAGGGAGUAUAUGUUUCGAUGAGCAUACGAAAAAUGGUCAAAAGAAAACUCUGCAAAGAUUUGCAUAAAGAAAUUCGACUAGAAGUGGAUGGAAAGCUCGUUGAGUUACCGCAAGUCGAAGGAAUAAUUAUUCUAAACAUUUUAAGUUGGGGUUCUGGGGCAAAUCCCUGGGGUCCAGACAGCAAAGAAGAUCAAUUUUGUACACCAAACCAUGGGGAUGGAAUGUUAGAAGUGGUCGGAGUCACAGGCAUAAUGCAUCUCGGACAAAUUCAAUCUGGUCUUCGUACAGCAAUGAGGAUAGCGCAGGGAGGACAUAUAAAAAUCCAUUUGCACUCUGAUAUACCAGUACAAGUGGACGGGGAACCAUGGGUCCAGAGUCCAGGAGAUAUCGUAGUUUUGAAGUCAGCGGUAAAGGCUACCAUGUUGAAGAAAAAUAAGAUCAAGCGUCGGAAUACCGAACCGUCGAUUCCACCCGCUAAUGGGGUGGGGGGCAAGAGCACGGACGAGUGUAGCAACAAAAGCUAGAGCGCAGUUUCUGCGGUCUAAAUCGAUCCAUUAAACUCGAAUUUUCAAUUAGUGUUCCGCCUAGGCUCCUCCCGUAUUGUGCGUGGUUCUGCAACUAUACAGGGGAGUUUCGGUGCGAUCAUUACGAGAAAACACGUACACACGUACAUGUACUUCCUGUGUAGUAAAAUUCCAUUCGAUGUUUCCGCCGCAUGUAGCUCUCUGUGCCAAUAUUGUCGAUGUAUCUGGAUGGUCGAUAAAUUUUUGGACACUCUGAUACCAUUCUGGUUUCAAAGAAGAAGUUCAGGAAUUGCUUUCUGAGCAAUUCAAUGAAAUUUUCAAUUAUUUUUUUUUUAGAAUGUAUCAGAAAAGUUUUCAGACCUUAACA